GCUAUCCAAGUGGUGCGGCGGCUGCUGCUGCGCGGAAAGGAAAGCAAAGGAGGGGAAGACAGACAGACCGGAGCCUCCGCCGGCGCGAGGGUCUCAAGGACCAGAAAUCACUAUGAGUCAGUUCAAUUUUGGUGCCACGGGAGGUGCUGCUGGAGGAGGCUUCAGCUUUGGGACUCCAAAGACAGCAGCCAGCACAGCCCCCACAGGGUUCUCCUUCUCUUCAGCCACUCCAGGAGGAGGCGGUGGCGGCGGUGGCGGCUUCAGUUUUGGGACACCUGCUCAAAACCCUGCAAGCACCCAGCCUACCGGCCUGUUCUCCUUUGCUACUCCAACAACAUCAGCACAGACCUCUGGAUUCAGCUUUGGAACACCUGCCACACCUGCUACGUCCGUAGCCGUUCCUGCUGGGAAUGUCUUCACACUGGGUGGAAAUGCGCCCAAGUUGAACUUGGGUAGCACCAGCACAACGCAAGCUCCUGCCAUGAUGGGUGGCUUUGGCCUUGGCAACAGCGGUGGGCUGGGCAGCUCCGUCCCAAGCAGCAUGCCCACCGGCCAGUCAGCGGCUCCUUCGGGCUUUGUGUUUGGCGCCACCACGGCUACCCAGCCUGCCACGACUGGAGGCUUCAGCUUCGGAACUGGGGCCCCAGCCCAGAGCGGGGCCCCCAACUUCAGCCUCGGCUCAAUGGGGAACGCAACGCAACAAGCCGCGCCGACCGGGUUGACGUUCGGCAUCGCUCCGGCUCCAGCCAGCACGGCUACAACCACGGCAGCCAUGUCGCAGCCCGCUACGGCUUUCAGCCUCGGGACUCAAUCCACAGGUGGGAGGCCGCUUCUUGCACGUACUGGCUUUGGCUUGUUAACUUCAGCAGCGGCCACUUCAGCCCCUACAGGGACACUGACCCAGGGGCCUUCCCUGCCCUUUGGAGCUAAACUCGGAGGUACAACUGCCCCUUCUGCGUUGCCUGCCAUGCCUGCCACGACGUCAACUGUGAAUUCUCUCCUUGGCCUGUCUGGGCCUACGCUGUUUGCAUCCAUUGCAAGCUCUUCAGCCCCAGUCUCCUCUACUGCUAGUGGCCUCUCGCUUGGUGUCACCUCAACUGGGACAGCCCCUGCCGCAUCUUUGGGGUUUGGCUCAAAAGUCCCUGGAAUGACGGCAGCAGCAGCAGCAGCAGCUGCCGCCCCCACAACAACCAGUGUCGCUGCCGCGCCCAGUACGGGAUUCAUCCUGAACCUGAAGCCCCUGGCCACAACCGGUACCGUGGCUGCCACAUCCACGGUGUCCACUACCACAGUCACGGCUCCCCCAGUGAUGACCUAUUCCCAGCUGGAGACCCUGAUUAACAAGUGGAGCCUGGAACUGGAGGACCAAGAGAAGCAUUUCCUACAACAGGCCACCCAAGUCAACGCCUGGGACAGGACGGUGAUCGAGAAUGGGGAGAAGAUCAUGUCUCUGCACAGAGAAGUGGAGAAGGUGAAGUUGGAUCAGAAGAGGUUGGACCAAGAACUAGAUUUUAUUUUGUCCCAGCAAAAGGAACUGGAAGACUUGUUGGUCCCUCUGGAGGAAUCUGUGAAGGAACAAGGUGGGACCAUCUACAUGCAGCAUGCAGACGAGGAGCGGGAGAAGACAUACAAGCUGGCCGAGAACAUUGAUGCCCAGCUGAAGCGCAUGGCGCAAGACCUGAAAGAUAUCAUUGAGCACUUGAAUACUUCCGGCGGGCCAGCUGACACGAGCGACCCUCUUCAGCAGAUCUGCAAAAUCCUGAAUGCACACAUGGACUCUCUUCAGUGGAUCGAUCAGAAUUCAGCGUUGCUGCAGAGGAAAGUCGAGGAAGUGACGAAGGUGUGCGAGAGCCGGCGCAAAGAACAGGAGCGCAACUUCCGGAUUACGUUUGACUGAGGCUGGACCCGCCUCACGUCCUUCCCAACCCUAAAAAUAAAUAAAUGAAUAAAUAUGUCGAUGUGCAAA